ACCACACCGCCAUCACCACUGCUCGAGUCCCUUAAACCCUGCCCUAUCAAUAUAGUCGAUUUUCACAAAACGGCACCAUCGUCCGUUCCAAUUCGGUUGAAGAAUCUGAGACCUGUAAUUGAAGCUUCCUAACAAAAUGUCAAGGAUUUGCGUGAAGAAUUUGCCCAAGCAUGUGAACGAGAGCCGACUCCGAGAGUUCUUCUCGGAGAAAGGAGAGAUUACAGACGCGAAGCUGAUGCGGACAAAGGAAGGCAAGAGCAGGCAGUUCGCUUUCAUUGGGUUCCGUACAGAGAGCGAAGCUGAGGAGGCCAUGAAAUACUACAACAGGUCAUUUCUCGAUACUUGUAGGAUUACUUGUGAGAUUGCUCGUAAGGUUGGGGAUCCAGAGAUUCCUCGGCCAUGGAGUCGUCAUUCUCAGAAGAAGGAGACGAAAGGGGGUGAAGAUGGGAAGAAGAAUAAGAAAGAGAAGGAAGGUGUCGUCGCUAAAAGUCGGAGUCUUGAGCCGUCGGUAAAAGAUGAGAGUGGUGAUCUUCAGCUUCAUGAAUUUUUGGAGGUGAUGCAGCCAAGGGCUAAGUCGAAAUUGUGGGCAAACGACACGUUGGUAACUCCUGUAGCUGAGAAAGUUGGCAAAGCCAAGAAGGAAAGUGAAGAGAAAUCAGUUCCAGUGGAUAUGGAGGUAGACAAAGGUGUUAAGAAGAAUGAUUUGCACAAUGUUGCUAAAGACAAUGCCGUUUCGGAUAUGGAUUAUUUCAAGAGCAGAGUGAAGACUGAAUGGUCGGAUUCAGAAAGCAGUGGCAGUGAUGAGGAGGAGGAGGAGGAGGAGGAGGAGGAGAAGGGUUCUCAAAAAGUAGAUACAAAGGAACAAAGUAAAGUUUAUGAAGAAGAGGCUGGAGAGGAAGGUCCUUCAGAAGAUGCUAAUGGCCAAGUACUGGACGAGAGCAAUGAGUUAUCCACUUCGAAAGAGGAGAAAGAAGAAGUGCUUGAGAGUGGUCGUCUAUUUGUUCGUAAUCUGCCAUUUACAGCAACGGAGGAUGAGUUGGAAGAGGUCUUUAGCAAAUUUGGCGAUGCAGAGGUCCAUCUUGUUAUUGAUAAAGAGACUAAUCGUUCCAAGGGAUUCGCUUAUGUUCUUUACACGCUUCCGGAAUCUGCAGAAAGGGCACUGGAAGAAUUAGAUGGUUCAAUUUUCCAAGGAAGACUGUUGCAUGUUAUGCCAGCAAAACAAAAAAAUCCAUCUGAAAAGCUAGGGGCUGAUAAUUCCGCAAGCCAAGGUUCAAAAACUCUUAAGCAACGAAGGGAGGAUGAGAGGAAAGCAUCUGAAGCUAGUGGAGAUACAAGAGCAUGGAACAGUUUGUAUAUGAGGUCUGAUACGGUUAUUGAGAACAUAGCUCGGAAGCAUGGGGUGAGUAAGAGUGAUUUGCUUGACCGGGAAGCUGAUGAUCUCGCUGUACGUAUUGCAUUGGGAGAAACUCAAGUGAUUGCAGAGACAAAAAAGGCUCUUACAAAUGCUGGAGUAAAUGUCGAAUCUUUAGAGAAUUUUGCUGCUGGGAAAACUGAUGGUAGUAAAAGAAGCAACCAUGUUUUACUGGUUAAGAACUUGCCAUAUGGUUCUACAGAUGGUGAACUGGUGAAGAUGUUUGGGAAAUUUGGGGGUUUGGAAAAAAUCGUUCUCCCUCCGACAAAGACAUUGGCCUUGGUUGUUUUUCUUGAACCUGCUGCCGCACGAGCUGCUUUUAAAGGUUUAGCAUACAAGCGUUACAAGGAUGGUCCUUUAUAUUUGGAAUGGGCGCCUGGCAAUGUUCUUAGUCAAAGUUCAAAAACUGAGAGCAUUGAAAACAACAGUGCCGUUGUUGGUGAGCAUGAUGUCAAAAAGGUUAUGUUAGAGCAAUAUGUGGAAGGAAUAUCCGAUGUGGAUGCUGAUCCUGAUAGAGUGGAGUCACGAUCUCUAUAUGUCAAGAACCUGAGCUUUAAGACUUCCGACGAGAGUUUGAAAAAGCAUUUUAGUGAACAAGUGAAGGAGGGAAAAAUAUUUAGUGUCAAGGUAAAGAAACACUUGAAAAAUGGGAAGAAUGUUUCAAUGGGUUUUGGUUUUAUAGAGUUUGAUUCUCUGGAGACAGCGACAAAUGUUUGCAGGGAUUUACAGGGAACUGUUUUGGAUGGGCACUCUCUUAUUUUGCAACUUUGUCAUGCCAAGAAAGAUGAAGUGCCAAAAAAAGUUGACAAGGAUAAAAGUUCAACAAAAUUACUUGUGAAAAAUGUAGCCUUUGAGGCUACAGAGAGAGACCUCAGACAGCUAUUUAGCCCAUUUGGUCAGAUUAAAAGCUUACGCUUGCCGAUGAAGUUCGGACAGCAUAGAGGCUUUGCUUUUGUGGAGUUCAUCACAAAGCAAGAGGCAGAAAAUGCCCUUAAAGCACUUUCAAGCACGCAUUUGUACGGUCGCCAUCUGGUUCUUGAGAGAGCAAAGGAAGGUGAGAGCUUGGAAGAACUACGGGCUCGAACAGCUGCUCAGUUCACAGAUGAGCAAACUGGGUUUUCCAGGAAGAGGAAGCACACGACCACCGUGGAUGAUGGCAAGAUCAAAUUUCAGAGGACUGCUGAUUAGAUGUGUGUCAUGUGUUAGAUCGGAGUUGUAAUUUUCUUUUUUGUUUAGGUUAUAUUUCAUUUUUAUUUUGUUAAGCUAGCCCCAGUUUUGCAUAGUUUGGGAGCUGGUAAUUAUAAUUUUGUUAUUAGACACUCCUUUAUAUAAUCUAUCUAUAUAUAUAUAUAUAAAGCAA